ACUUAGUCCGAACGAUUCGAUACAACUCUAAUCUUCAGCAGGAUAAACGCUGAUAAGAGGGGGGAAUUUGUUUAUUUUCACAAAAGUUUUAAGCAAAUCAUAAGCCUAAAUAGGCAAAGCAUUUAGUGAAAGACGCUCAAAGCGAACGCUUGAAAAAAAAAACCGCUCGGUCGUGGCGGCGACAACAACAACAACAAUCGACUCAAACACAAACGCGUAGAGGAAAAAUACACAAAUUUGGCUGAAAGUGGUGGCAGCAACGGGAAGGGGAACGGAAAAGGGAACAGGAUGUGGGACUCGUCAAUGUUUCUGAGCACAUUGACGCCAAAGUUUUAUGUUGCGCUCACAGGCACCUCGAGUCUAAUUUCGGGUUUAAUUCUCAUUUUCGAAUGGUGGUAUUUUCGCAAAUACGGAACUUCAUUUAUCGAACAAGUAUCGAUCAAUCAUAUUAGUCCCUGGAUCAAUGGCAGUGAUGCACAGUCCGAGAAUGGCAGCGGCAGCAGCAGCAGCAGCGGCUCCAGCAGCAGCAGCAACGGCGGUGGGGGAGGCGGAGGAGGCGGGGGUGGUGCAAAUGGUGGCAGCAAUACGAAUGCAACCGGCAGCAGUGGUACACCCGAAUGCAAAGUGUGGCGCAAUCCAUUAAAUCUGUUUCGCGGCGCCGAAUAUCAGCGUUUCUUUUGGGCAACCAGCAAGGAACCGCUCACCUAUUACGAUAUGAAUCUGAGUGCCCAGGAUCAUCAGACGUUCUUCACCUGUGAGGGCGAUGCCCGCAAGGAGGAGUAUGAAAUCAUGCAGACGGCGUGGCGUGAACGUAAUCCGAUGCAGCGCAUCAAAUCCGCACAUAAUGCUUUGGAAAUCAAUGCGGAAUGUGCACCCGCUUAUAUACUACUCGCCGAGGAGGAGGCUAUGACCAUACUGGAGGCGGAGAAGAUACUGAAGACGGCGCUUAAGGUGGCGGAAAUCAAUUAUCGGAAAUCCCAGGCCACUCAGCAUCAGGGCGCCAUUGCGGAUGGUGUACACAGGCGGGACACGAAUGUGCUGAUCUAUAUUAAGCGUCGUCUGGCCAUGUGUGCCCGCAAGCUGGGCAAACUUAAGGAGGCGGCCAAGAUGUUUCGUGAUCUCACCAAGGAGAUACCCUCGAUAAUGAGUGUGCUGAACAUCCAUGAGAAUCUCAUUGAGACGCUACUCGAGAUGCAGGCGUAUGCCGAUUGCCAUGCCAUACUGGCCAAAUACGAUGACAUCUCGUUGCCCAAAUCGGCCACGAUUUGUUAUACGGCCGCAUUGUUAAAGGCACGUGCUGUCGCUGAUAAAUUCUCGCCGGAUAUUGCCUCGAAACGUGGCCUAAGUCCGGCCGAGAUGAGCGCCGUGGAGGCCAUACAUCGUGCGGUGGAAUUUAAUCCGCAUGUACCCAAGUAUUUGUUGGAAACAAAGCCGCUAAUACUGCCGCCAGAGCAUAUAUUGAAACGCGGUGAUUCCGAGGCAUUGGCCUAUGCGUUCUUCCAUCUGAAGCACUGGAAGCAGGUGGAGGGCGCCUUGAAUCUGCUGCACUGCACCUGGGAGGGCACAUUUCGUAUGCUGCCGUAUCCGCUGGAGCGCGGUCAUCUCUUCUAUCCAUAUCCAACGUGCACCGAGUGCGCCGAUCGCGAACUCCUGCCGGCCUUUCAUGAGGUCUCUGUGUAUCCGAAAAAGGAGUUGCCCUUCUUUAUAUUAUUCACGGCAGGAUUAUGCUCAUUCACCGCCCUGUUGGCACUGUUAACGCAUCAGUAUCCGGAGCCAAUGGGUUUGCUGGCACAGACAGUACUUACCUGGAUAUUGUAUCCGAUUCAAUUGCUCAAGGAGCGCAUCGAGGCAUUCUGGCCGUGCAAUCUGCUCCAGCAAUUGUCGCGUGUCUAAUCUCGAACUAUGGAGUAAAUGGAAAAUCGCCAACGCACAACAACAACAGCAACACUGCAUGCACACCACUACACACACACAAUCAGACUUACAGAUACAGAUACUAAGAUACAGAUACAGAUACACUCACAUCAGGAUAACCGAAGAAAAAACCAACCCAAGUUACAAAAGAACUCAUCACAUAUACAUACUAUAUAUCUAUGCAUAUAUAUAUAUGUAUCUCUAAAUAUAUAUAUAUAUACAUAUAUUUUGGAUCUUUGUCUGUGUUUCGUGAAAUAAUAAAAGAAAAGCAAGUAUGAACGAUUUGUGGAUACCCUGCUUGAAUAAUACACCUUCAAA